GGAUAGACUGGUGUGAUUUGACGUCAUUUCUAAAUGACAACACUUUAACUUAUCUUUGAAAACAUGGCACUUCAGUCACAGGUGCUGUAUGAAAAGGAGGGUGUUUAUAUUCAAGUGAAUGUAAAUUCAAACACAUCUGACAGAGAUGCUCACAUUCCAGGCAAAGUGUAUCUUAUUAAGAAGCCUGAGGGAAUAUUUAUUGAAUGGAAGGCAGAGGAAGUUCUGAUGUUGGAUGGACAGAAUUCUGCAGACCAGGAGUGGGCUGUGAUUGGAUCCAGUCUGUCUGUGGGUUACAAACCUGAUAAAGACUCAGAUGCAUUAAAUAUGAAAGCAGAAUUAAGGAAGAAGUAUAACAUCUGCUUUGACAUCUUAGACCUAAAGAGCUUCAAAAGGAGUGCUCCAAAUCAUGGCUGGGCAUAUAUCAUAUUUAUCUUAAAAGAUGGCACAACGUAUCCUGCUCUGCAUUUCCACAAUGGAGGAAGCAAAGCAUUGUUACAACAGUUUGGAAAAUAUAUCCAUAUUAAAAGGUCCCCAAAUGAUAAUCGAUUAUUCAUUGUCCAAGAACAUGAUCCUGACAUGUUGUCAAAGUCCUUUGAUGAGCUUCACCUCUUUGCCGACUCCUCUGGGGAUCUAGUGUCUCAAUUUUUGCAGAAAUUCAUCAAAGACCCUUACACCACAACCCUGGGAGGGUUCUCCAAAGUGACCAACUUUCUGAGGGACACCAUGUUUCAACAGGAGCCUGUGUCCCACAGACCCAAAGAGGAGGUGGCUGAAAUCCUCAGUGCUGAAGAAAUUCCUGGAAUGGAAAUCAGUCAACAAGAGGCAGGGUUUGAAAUGGUUACCAAGACCAAACUACCCACAAGACCACAGGUGACCAGAAGUACUCCACUGACCGCAAAGCAGUGGUCAAAACACAUGGAUACUGACGGAAGGAUAAAGAAUAUAGAAAACCUCAAGGAUGUUAUAUUUAGGGGGGGUAUAGAGCCCAGUAUAAGGAUAGAGGUAUGGAAGUUCCUCUUGGGUUAUCAUGAUUGGCAGUCUACUUAUAAAACCAGGACAGAUGAGAGGAAACGAAAAGUAGAUGACUACUUUAGAAUGAAGUUACAAUGGAAGACCAUUAGUGAUGCACAGGAGAGAAGGUUUUCUACUCUUAGAGAAAGGAAGUGUCUCAUUGAGAAAGAUGUGACUAGAACAGACAGAACCCACAAAUUCUUUGAGGGAGAGUGUAACCCUAACUUACAGGUCCUCAAUGACUGUUUAAUGACCUACUGCAUGUAUAACUUUGAUUUAGGGUAUGUGCAGGGGAUGAGUGACCUCCUGUCUCCUGUCCUGGUGGUCAUGGAGAAUGAAGUGGACGCCUUCUGGUGUUUUGCCGGCCUCAUGGAACGAGUGUGUGAUAAUUUUGAAAUGGACCAGGCUGGGAUGAAAGUCCAGUUGUCUCAGAUCCAUAAGUUAAUGCAGUUUGUGGAUCCUGAGUUGUGUAGUUAUCUAGAGAGCCAUGAUUCAGGAAAUUUCUACUUCUGUUUCCGAUGGCUACUUAUUUUGUUCAAGAGAGAAUUUUCUUUUAAUGAUGUGAUGAGCCUUUGGGAGGUAUUAUGGACAGACAGACCUUGUAAGAAUUUUCAUCUCCUGAUCUGUUUGGCUGUGUUAGACACAGAAAAAUCAACCCUGAUGGAAAACAAAUUCGGGUUCACUGAAAUACUCAAACACAUUAAUGAUAUGAGUGGUGCAAUUCAUCUGGAGGACACAUUGAAGAAAGCGGAGGGCAUUUAUUUACAAUUAAAAGACAGCAAAAAUCUACCAAGUGCUGUGGCAGAAAUUAUUGGACUAGAUGGUGUGUCUCCAAGUGAUUCAGGUGACCUGGCAUCAAGGGAAAAGUCGCCACAUUUAGAUCUAAAGCUGAAAGAAAACGGACUCCACACACCGAAUUCUGGGUCAGGCACCACCGGAAAUACACCCGAUGACAGUAGUAUCGAAAUUUUAACAGAGAACGGAGACAUUGGUGUCAACAAUUUCUACAACUGAGUCUUCUCUUGUGAUCUGUGAUGUGAACUUGAGACUUUGGCCAUACAACAUAUUGAACGGGUUCAAAAAUUUGUAUGCUUGAUCUUUAGGUAUAGACACGUCAUGGCAGUUGUGUACUAGUUAAGCAAAUAUAAUCUCUAAGUUGUUCAAAACCUUGGUGGAGAAAUGUUGCAUUACAAGUAUACAAACAUAUUUUGUAUCAAUUAUAAAAGCAUCUUUCCCAAAACAAUACACCACAGGGGUGUGCAAUUACAAAAAUUAGUUAAUAGCCCAUCAGGCUAGUGGCAGUAACAAAGUUACUAGCCCGAGGUUACCAGUCACUAGCCCAUUAACUACCAAAAACAA